AUGUAUUCGCCUGACUCGUCAAAACUCGCGACAGGCGGUUAUAAGGAGAACGCUGUGCAUAUCUGGGAUGCGGAGACAGGCGAGCGUCUCAACACACUCGAACACAGCCGGGUUUUCGGCUUGGCAUGGACGUCGGAUGGAAGCAAGCUUAUAUCCGGGUCACACCAACAAUGUUCUCGUCGCAUCUCCUUGUCUCGAAACAACCGUCUCCUUGCAAGUGCAUCACUCGAUAACACAGCGCGUCUAUGGAAUCUCGACACUAACCUCCCAGUCGAAGUCACCUUCCAGCGUAAAUGGGCUUUGCGCUUUGCAGCGCUUUCCCCUGAUGGAAACAUGCUAGUCACUGCUUGCGAAAACAAGAACGCGUACGUAUGGGACGUUCACGCCAUCCUCAAACGAGCUGGCCUUCAACACCUACUUCCCUCUAGUACUAAUAUUGUACCAAAAGACAGUCUCGAAGAGAAGGCAUCUCAAGAUGAUUUAAGAAUAGAGCACACACCCCGAUGGCAAGUCAUUUUUGGCAUUUGGCGGUAUCGACGAGCUCUUGCCGACGUUUUUUUUGCUGGUAUGGAAACUGAUGCUCAUUCCUCUCCAGUGGGUGGUGCACAUCUCCAUUCCUCUGCAAAUGCAUUCCUCGCUCGCCUUUCCUCGUUGCUACACAGCUUUCAACCAGAAAAUGGUGAAGCAACCGAACUUCCGCAAACCUCGAGGCCUUCAGCAUUCCAUCCACAUGCACUCCUCGCUCGUCUUUCCUCGCACCUCCACCACUUUCGACCCGAAAAUAAUGCACCAGACGAACUUCAGCAACUAUCCACACCUUCGCAGUUAGAUCCGCAUGUGCUACUGGCCCGCCUUUCCUCAUUUUUGCCUCGACCUCGACUUGGCACUGACGAAGAAGCAGAACCUCAUCCAACGUCUUUCAGUUCGCGUCCAGAUGCACUCUUCAGCCGGUUGUACUCACUCUUCCGCUCUCAACCACACACUAACGAAGAAAUCGAACUUCCGCAACACCCAAGCUGUCCUCAUGCUGUUGAAGUGACCGCAGUGCGGGACAAGCAGGAUAUGCAUGACUUCUUCAUCUCUGCUUCUAGUGAUUCUGCAUUAACUCCUUUCCUCGUCGUGAUACUCGUGCAAUGCAUCGACCUCGAUAAUGCUAAUUGUAGCAAGCGAAGGACAGUGUAG